AUGGCUGAACAACAACAACAACAGACCCCUACAUUCAAGCUCGUUCUCGUUGGUGACGGUGGUACUGGCAAGACCACUUUUGUCAAGCGCCAUUUGACUGGUGAAUUCGAGAAGAAAUACGUCGCUACUUUGGGCGUCGAAGUUCAUCCUCUCACUUUCCAUACCAACUUUGGUCCUAUUGUUUUCAACACUUGGGAUACUGCUGGUCAAGAGAAGUUUGGUGGUCUUCGUGAUGGUUACUACAUCCAAGGCCAAUGUGCUAUUAUCAUGUUUGAUGUCACUUCUCGUAUCACUUACAAGAACGUUCCUAACUGGCACCGUGAUCUCGUCCGUGUCUGUGAGAACAUUCCUAUUGUCCUCUGUGGUAACAAGGUUGAUAUUAAGGAGCGUAAGGUGAAGGCCAAGACCAUCACUUUCCACCGCAAGAAGAACUUGCAGUACUACGAUAUCUCUGCCAAGUCCAACUACAACUUUGAGAAGCCUUUCUUGUGGUUGGGUCGCAAGUUGGUUGGCAACCCCCAAUUGGAAUUCGUUGCCGCUCCUGCUCUUGCUCCUCCCGAAGUACAAGUCGACAACCAGCUUAUGCAACAGUACCAGAACGAAAUGAACGAGGCUGCUGCUCAACCUCUUCCUGAGGAAGAUGAUGACUUGUAA